CAUAUACAAUUAAUUCAUGCAUUCUAGCCUGUUGAGGCCCCGUGUUCUUUCCUAUUCGAAGAUUAUUCGUACGCCUUCAGCAGUCCGCUCCCCAGUGUUGACAAUGGCUACCAGUGCUGUGCACAAGUUCCGUCCGGUGGUGGUGUCCGGUCCCUCAGGUACAGGAAAAUCGACUCUGCUGAAGCGACUGUUCGCGGAGAUUCCUGAUCGCUUCGGUUUUUCCAUCUCGCAUACCACUCGUGCUCCUAGACCGGGUGAGCAGGAUGGCCGCGAAUACUAUUUUACGACAAAGGAGGACUUCUUAGAUCUUGUGAGCAAGAACGGCUUCAUCGAGCAUGCGCAAUUCGGCGGAAACUACUACGGCACUAGUGUGCAAGCGGUCAAGAACAUUGCGGAGCAGGGCCGUAUCUGUAUCCUUGAUAUCGAGAUGGAGGGAGUCAAGCAGGUGAAGCGUACCGAUCUCAACGCCCGUUUCCUUUUCCUGGCGCCCCCAUCGGUGGAGGAGCUGGAGAAGAGAUUGCGCGGGAGAGGCACGGAGACUGAGGAGAGCCUGACCAAGCGUCUCGCACAAGCCAAGAACGAGCUCGAAUAUGCCAAGGAGCCGGGGGCUCACGACAAGGUCGUCGUUAAUGACGAUUUGGAGAAGGCAUAUACGGAGUUGAGAGAUUGGAUCGUUGAUGGUGGAAACUUCGGUGCGUCGCAAUAGUCGGUUACAGACAGUCUGAUGCUGCAGUGGCCAUUGCGCGUUUUGAUUAGUAUGAAGUUUUAGACCAUGUGAUUCCCAUAGACUGUACUGUGCGAAGAACAGUAAUGACUCAUUGUUUCGAACCAGCUAUAUUCUCCUGGCGAUGCGCAAUUAAG